AUGCCUGGAGAAUCCGCCAAGGCUGAAGGGGCUCUGCUGCAGACGGACCCCGGCGGCCUGCGCCCGGCAGAGGCAGAUGGCUUGCGGAAUGCCUCCAGCACUUCCACCCCCAGCGGUGACUCUUCACCCCCCUCUGCCCUGACUCCACUGCAGGUCUCACCGACAGCAGCCCCCGAUUGUACCAACCCCAUUGCCAUGGACCCCACCCUCUGCAGCCCAGGUGCCCUGGCCUUCCUGCCGGCCAAGAAAGAGGACAGGCCCCAGCCAGAAGGAGCCAGCUGCGACACCGCUGUUGGUAGCUCCCCCGCUGGCCUGGCUGCGCUGAGCGAGUGUGGCCAGGUCCUGCUGGAAACUCCUCCCAAAGGCCUCAGGGAAGUGCUGAGCGUGGACAUGCUGGACACCAGGAUCGUGAUGGGGGAGGAGACCCAGUGCAUCAAUGACGAGACGGACGCAGGGCUGGAGCCGCACGGCUCGCUGCUGGACGCCAAGGCUCCCGCAUCAGAAGCAGCUGGCACCAAAAGCCUCGUGGCCGAUGCCAGAGAGGAGUCGAGUGACGAGGAAAAUCCAAUCCUAGAGAGCAGCUCCGAGGCUGCUGGGAAACUCUCUGCCCAGGCCACACCGGGGGAGUCUCCCUGCCCCAAACCCAGAGACAACAGGCAAGUGUGUGUCUAUCGGCCUCCUCGGCCGCUGCCCUGGGAGCCCGAAGAGCCGAGCGCGGUGCUAAAGGAGAAGUUGUUUUCUCAGGGUGAAACCACGGCCGAUGUGCCUUCCCCAUCUCCCGUGCCUGCCAAAGAUCCCCCCGAUGAGCUGGCCGAGGCAGGGCCCUUGGAGUCUCCACAGGUCAAACCAGUCCUGGAUCCGGACCUGUACUUCACGGCCCCGUCGACACCAAUCAAAACAGUCUACUCCCACCUCAAGCACCUCCCCUACGCCAAGGACAGCCUGAGCGAGGAGCAGAGCGAUCUGGACAACGAAGGGCUGUGCUCCCCGCCCACCUCUCCGUCGGGGUCCUACAUCACCGCCGAGGGGGGCAGCUGGGCCUCCUCCGGCACCUCCAGCACGUCCCCGUCUUGUUCUCCCAACCUGAUCGCUGAGUCAGAGACCAUGGAAGCCUCCACUGCUUAUGGGGAAUCCCUGUUGGAGCUGGAGCUUUCUGAGGAGCCGGCUCGAUUUGCCAGGAGCUCCUGUCUGUCUCCUGAGCAGCUGGAGGAGGAGGAAGGUGACCUGUCUUUGGACAGACUCUCCUCUGGAAACACGGCUCUGCCUUCGGUGCCAGCGGAGGAGGAAGGGGAUGGUCAGACCACGCCAGAAGAAGAGUGGGACUCUGAAAUUGCUACCUCGAUUGCAUGGGUCCCUCACACCACAGAGCUGGAGGAUCCAGGUGAGCUGCUGCCAGCUCAGGAGGAGGACCUGCCCCAGCCAGGAGGAGACUCUGGGGACGAAACAGAGCCACUGCAAAGCACCUUGGACAGGCAGCCCCUGAAGGUGGAAGUCUUCACCUCAGAUAAAGCCGGUGCCAACCUGGGAAUGGGGGAUGCAGCGAAAGCGCCUCUGGAGUCCAGCCUGUUGUCCUGCUCCCCCAUCCCCUUGCCAGGCCUCCAGUCAGAGUCCAGCAGCGUGUCUGGGGCAAGCUGCUCAUCGGAUGCAGAGACGCCCAGCAGCCUGCAGGCCGGGACCACUGGCUCCUCGGCGGAGCUCCCAUCAGACUUCACAGACAACGACCAGAUGAUCCCUGCCACGCUGCUGCCCUUUCGCGGGAGCCUGAUCUUCGAGGCCGAGUCGCUGGAGAUCACGCUGUUCCCCCAGGGGGAGUCUGUGGAGAACGACGUUGUCUACGGGGCGGAGGAAGACGACAGCACCUCUGCUUCCUUCCUGCACUCUCUGUCGGAGAACUCCAUCAAUGAGGGCGUGGACGAGUCCUUCGCCUACCAAGACGACACUUCCCAGUCCUCCGACUCCGCCUCGUACAACGGCGAGGCGGACGAGCGGCUGUACAGCACCGAGCAAUACGCUGUGGUGACCCCCUCGGCUCAGGAAGGGGAGAAGCCAGCUGCAGAGGACUCCGAGCAGGGGGCCUCCUGCUCAGGCAGCGAGAGCGAGAUGGAGACGUCGUCGGAUGCCUCCGACACCGAUGAGGAGUACGCGGCUUUCUCGGCUCUGGACAUGGAGCUGGGCACAGUCCCCCACACAGAGGUGGAGGUCGGGUUCGAGCCGGAGGGUAACGUGGCUCACCAGGAUGAGCUGGAAGGAACCACAGAGGAGGAAGAGGGGGAGGCAGAAGAGAGGCAGCCACCAGCCCAAAGUGAGGGGAUGCCGAAAUCAGCGGCAUUCGCCGAACCCAAGGCAACACCAGUGGCUGAACACAGCAACUCUGAAGACAGCCCAGGAAGUGGCAGUAUCUCGCCCGCAGGCCACAGCUGGAGCCCCUCUCUGAAACCAGACAGCACACCAUCCCCCGGGGAAUCUGCUCCAAGAGCCGAAUCUGACCAGGCGGAUGAUUCUCCAGGGGAUACAGGCUCCUCCUCGGAGAGCUCCCUGGAGCACCAGUCCUCGCUGUCGGACAUGCAGGAGGCCCUGGAGAAAGGGCUCCCCAACUCAGGAGAGUGUCUGAUCGCCUGCUUUGAUACAGACGAGGAGACCGAGGCCUUCCCCGGGCUGGAGGUAGUCGUGGAGAAUGCAGAGCCACUAAGCCAGUCAGCUACUGCUGAAGUGUGUGUGGCACCGUGGAGAGGCGGGGAUGGGAAGGGAUCUGCGAUACCCUUGCCAUGGAAACCGAAGCCAGCUCCCACUGAGCUCGCUGAACCUACCGCCAGGAAAGCCAAUGAUGCCUCUGUAUCUGAGAUGGGCACCAAGCUGAAGGAGUCUGAAGCGCGCCUCCUGGAGCUCCUAGACCAGGACAGCACUUCUCUGGGAGGGAAGAGGGAAGGUCACUUCGCGGCCCGACUGGGAGCCUCCGAUGACACCAGCUUGGAACAGCCUGAAGUGGCCAGAGCUGACAGUGAGCCAGCAGGAGAGUGCUUGAUCGCCUGCUUCUCCUCCUCUGACGAGGAGCUGGAGGAGGCCUCCUCUCUCGAUCAAGUCAACAACAAUGAGGAACAAGGGGAGCUGUUCUUGGAAGCAAGCCUGGAUGCCCUGCCCCCUCUGGGACAAAAUGAGACACAGCCAAACGUGCUCUUAGACACAGCCGGCCAGAACGAGCCCAUGUUGGCUGUGGGGGUGGAUCAGCAACAAGAGCCCCCUCUCCCACCUGGGGAUGCCGAGUCCCAGAGCCUGGACCUCCACGUGAUGCAGAAAGGCCUGCAGGAACUCCAGAGGAGGCUGGAUGGGAGCAGCCAGCUCUUCAGGCCGCAGGAGUGCGGGGAGCUGGACGCGAGCUCAGAAUCGGAGAUAGAGACCUAUGUGAAAAGGUACUUCAGCACCACUGAGUUCUCACUGCUCCCUCAGGCUAUAGCAGCUCCAGAGAGCACCAAACCAACCUGGGGGCAAGAAGCCCUAGGCAAGAAGCCAGCCCUGGCAAACAGCAGCAUCCCUGAGCCAGUCUGGCCAUGCUCAGGGACAGGAGAGACCAAAGACUCCAACUCAGGAGAACCUCAACUGGACGAGAGCUGCCCUGCCUCUCCUGGCAGCUGGAUGCCAGCAGAAAUGAACAGCAGCACAGACCAGAGUAGAGAAGCGCUCAUGGCAAGCGCAGAAGAGAAGUGGCUCACAGCUGAGGCUGCAGAAUCUGACUUGGAAUCCAAGUUUGGUGCCUCGCCGGUCUCUGCGAUGGGAGAGACCCAGCCAAAGGUGGCUGCCCAGGCUCUGGAGAGCCUGGGAGAACCUGUGGAAAUGGUAACCCCGGCUCCCUGUUCAAGCACUGUCAGUCUUGACUUGCAGACCAGAUCUGCUGAGGAAGCCACCUACAUGUCUGUAUCAGGAAGUGAGGCAUGCAGCCAAACAGAUUCUGUCUCUGCUCAGGUUUGCCCCCUAGGACACCAACUUGAAAUGGAAUCUCCCACUGCAGCUGCUCUAGGCCAAACCCUGCCCGAACCAGGGGCUCAAGUGUUCCAGGCCCCAUGUGUCUGCAGCUUGGAUCCAGACUUGCCUGAGUUGAGGGACAGCAACAUGAAUCUACUGGAAACCGCUAGCUCUGAGUCUCCCUGGGAGCUUGAGCGUGGUGCUGGAGGGGAUCAAGAUUCCUCUGUCUCAACAAGCUGCAGCGAGAACAUUGUGCUCAAAGGGGAAAUGGAGAGCGCUGAUGCAGAAGAAACGGCCAAGAAAACAACUGGAGACCGGCCCGGCCGUGAUGAGCUGCCUGGUGGCAAGGGGGCCUCUACUCAAGAGCAGUGGGUGGGUAGCACCCAACUUCCUCUGGAAGUGAAGGCAGCAUCAAAAGAUGAGCCAGCCGCCCUGCAGCAGAGCGAGGGUCUGGGCGAUGUGCCGGAAGAGGAAGCGCUCGGCUCUGAGGCUACGUCCGAAGAGGGGGUCUGCCUUACAGAUGAGGAGAGGGAGGCUGAGGCUCAGCCCGAAGAGAGUCGGCGAGGAACUCCCCCGCCCAAAGGAGAGAAGGAGGUGGAGCUGGUAGACAGUGUGGAGGCAGCUUCCGAAGGCAGCUCUUCCGCGUUCAGCAAUGACCUGCCCAGUGGAGACUCCCUGGAAGGCAGGCGAACACCAGGCCAUGCAGCACUCAGUCCUCCACUUCGUCUUGAUGACGACAAGAUGACCACUGCGGACUCUACACGGGAGGAACCCGACCAGGCCGCUUCCUCCAGAGAAUCUUCCCCAGAGCCACCGGACACCACACAGUCCUUCAUGCACACGGAUUCCAGCUUCGUCAUGGCCUCUGAGGAGAGCACGGGAGAGAGCACCAGACUAGUUGCCCCGGAGGAUUUCGGCUCAGGGAGAGAACUGGGCACUCCCAAACAAGCAGAGAGCCAGUUGACAGAGCGGCAAGAGGGGGACAUUCCAACAGAGCUGAAGGAAGCAGUCCUACCACCGGAAUAUCUCCACGUGGGCAUCAGCAGCAGAGAGACUCCAUCACUGCUUGUGCCCAGCCCCUCAGGGGUGUCUUCAGCUGAGCACAGCCUGGCCCCAGAGCCCCCUGAGCACAGUCUGGCUUUGUGUUUGCACUAUUCCUCCCUGCGAGAAGCUCCACGUUCCACUCGCUCAGAGCGCACCAGACUAAGAGCCGACGUGCCAGCGCCUAGCAAUCAGCGGCUGCUCUUCACGGCUUCUGAGGAGGAGAUCUACAUAGGCGAGCCUGCUGUUCGUGACCAGCCCCCCGCAGAGCCUGGGGACAGCUGUCCCAGCACAAGCCAGGAAGCAGAGGGUCCUGCUGAAUAUUCAGGGCCAACAAAAACGGGCCCUGACUCGCUGGAAUCCAAAGCCGUCACUGCAGAAAGCCUGUCGGUCAGCCUUGGAUUGCUUGAGCCAUCUGGUGCCUUGGUGGAGAACCCUGCUGACCCGCCAGCAGUAUCUCGUGAGCGGCAGCAAAUCACCGCCAUGUUACAAGGCUCCUUCGGGAACCUCCAGACCUUCCAGCUCAAAGUGGGGCCUCUUUGUCCUGCGAGCAGCCAGAUGGUGACAGAAGCACAAAGUGUCCUUGCCAGCCUCAAGGAGAGGGUCUUGGAGAGCUCCUCAGGAGAGGCCACCCCAGACUCCUUGGGGGCCAGCAAAGCACAAGACUGGGUGGUCGAAGCUCAGCCUGAACCUGAAACGCCCACUCAUGAACUCGCCGCUGGCAGUGCCUCCCAGCAGCCUAGUAAGGAGCAGGGUGCUCAGCAGCCCUCCGAGGCCGAGAGCGCCUCAGAACAAGCACAACUGGAGAGCAUCUGUGAGACGCUGCUUGCAGCGGAGGUGACGCCCAGCCCUGUGCUGCUCACUUCCUCCGUGGGCAGCAGUGAGUCCGUGACCCCUGUGCUAGAGGAACAGGAUCUCUCAGCAGAGGAAGACUCUGGCCUGCACAGUGAAGGGCCCUUGGAGGAAGAGGCCAUCCAGGCUUCCUCUGGAACUCAUGCCAAAGACCAGGACCAGAGGUCACUGAGCCUGGAGGAGCCUGCCGAGCUGGGGAUCUCACCCAGGGAGGAAGAGCCCUGGGAGAGCCCUGGGGAGGCAGGUGUAGAUGGGGCCAUGCCACAGGCCAGCCAAGCAGGACACCUGCAGAGUCCACAGCAUCCAGCAGACGGAGAGGACACUCACGCUGAAGACCAGCCAUCUCUCCUGCUGGAUUCCAGGAAAUACUUAGAAGCUCUGGAGAGCUCCGCGUCCCCAGUCCCAUGCAGAGACCCCUUCCUCAGCACCCAGGAUUCCCGAGGGAGGCCCCAGUUCCCGGGGAACAAAGACGCCAGAGGGAGGGGUUCUGCCUCCGCAGAAGAGAGGCGAGCCCACCGCGGCUCCAUCCAGUCGGAAUCGAGCUCUUCCAGCGAGAGCGAGCUGCCCUACCGCUGCCCGGAGAUCGAGAGCCUGCGCGAGGCGGCUGGCAUGGCGCUGCUGGAGGACAAGCCACUGGUGGGGCAGAGAAGCUGUGAAGUUAACCAUAAAGGCUCUUGUAACGACUCGGAGAGCAACGCUGAGUCUAUUCCGGAGCUGGAGGAGCCGGACAUCUCUGAACCCCGGACAGCUCAGACUCAGGCACAGCUAACGCACUCGCUGAGCGCCGGGGAGGAAACCAUCAGCAAAGCCAAGCAGAGCCGAAGCGAGAAGAAAGCCAGAAAGGCCAUGUCCAAGCUGGGGCUGCGUCAGAUUCACGGCGUCACCAGGAUCACGAUCCGGAAGUCCAAGAACAUCCUGUUUGUGAUAACCAAGCCAGACGUGUUCAAGAGCCCGGCUUCCGACAUCUACAUAGUGUUUGGCGAGGCCAAGAUCGAAGACCUGUCGCAGCAGGUGCACAAGGCGGCCGCGGAGAAGUUCAAGGUGCCGAUGGAGCACUCGCCUUUGAUCACGGAAACGGCCCCGGCCCUCACGAUCAAAGAGGAGAGCGAGGAAGAGGAGGAGGUUGAUGAGACUGGACUGGAGGUGAGAGAUAUCGAGCUGGUGAUGGCCCAGGCCAACGUGUCACGUCCCAAAGCCGUGCGGGCGCUCAGACACAACAACAACGAUAUCGUCAACGCCAUCAUGGUAAGAGCACUGUGCCUGGCCGCCUGCCAUAAGAUCCUGCCCUGCUGGUGGAGACGCAGUCACAGACUAGUCUCCAUCUGA